GGAAAAUAGGAAUUAAUCAACAUAUAGUACCGGAGCAUUUCCAUUGGCUCCUCUUCACUAGUAAAGAUAUUCUUCACUAUAAUAACAGAACGUUUUAUAAUCUCAAAUAGUCAUUUCAGCUGUCUCAGACAUCUACUUUAGUAUUCAUACUCUCAUUUAAUCAGUAAAUACAGGAAAAAGGAUUCUGGGAAGUACAGUGUGAAUGAAUGACAGCUGCCAGCCUGGUGACUGUUAGCCUCAGCUCUGUUGGACUAUGACUGCAUGCUUUUUGUGAAAGAGUUGAUAGAGUCAGCAGAAGAUUGUGCUGAAGUAAAAGAAUCUGAAGUGAUGGAGUGAUGAAUCAUUUCUGAGGUUUGGGAACCUGAGAAGUCUGAAUCCAUACAUAAGCUUUCAUUGGUGUCAGUAUUGCAGCUGGUAUCUGAAGAUGCAUCUUUAUUGGUGUAUCAGCACCAGAAGUGUGCUUUUUGGGUGACUUUCCUGAGCGUUGCCAUUCAGCAUCGUCAUGGUGUGUCCCAGAGCAUAGAAACUGAGUUCUGCUGGGGUGAAACUGAACUGGAAGAUCCACCUCAUGCAACCCAUACUAGUAAGGACUAGAAUACUACCCUGUUUUCCAGACAUCCCCUCAGGGAUUACUCACAAAAAAACCUCCAGUAGCACAACUAAAAGAUAAACACAGAUGUUGCAACAAGAUUUUGCUCUGCUGGGAUCCCCUUUAUUUACCACAUAACUUGUUUUUCUUUUCCAGAGGCUCCACUGAUAUUAUCACAUCUGAAAGCACAGCACCUUAUCCUUAACAUUCUCCAAUUCUGCCCAAUUUCAAAAUGAAUAGUUGGAGAGUUUCUGAGCUUCUCCUUUCUUUUUGCUCAAGAAACGUUAUAGGAAAUGAAAUAUAAAAUCAUAUCAGCAUCUAAUCAAAUUCCCAGCCCCUUUUCAUUUUCAAAGCAUUCCCUACACUUAGCUGCGCAGUCUUGCUGAGAUAAAAUGUGGGCUGUGCAACUCCAUCUCUCUGUGGGACAUUAUUCUAUUGCUUUGAUGAUAGCCUUCAGAGCUUCUAUCGCUACCCCAUGACUUAAAAUACAUUUGCUGCAGGGUCAGGCUCCCAUCUGCUUUGCUCUUGGCAGCUGAAGUCAGCUUACUACAGAAACAAAGGUGGGGGGACGAAACAGGAAAGGAAAGCAUAAUGGUUAAAUGUUUUGUCCUUUCUGUUAGAUGUGAGGUCAUUUGCUGAAUAGGCAGCAAAACUGUCCCUGUUCUCUGCAUGGAUGCCAACAUGGGCCAACUGGGGAAGAAACAUAUAGUUCACAGAGAAGUCACUUCUUGUUCUUCUGAAAAGCAAAAUGUUUACACUGCAGGAGAAAUAGAUUUGCCAGAAGUUGGAGCCAUUCAAUGAAGAAAUUAAUUUAAACUAAGACUGCAUUUUCCAGUUUUGAUAAAGACUUUUCAACCUGCUACUUGCUUCAGCUACUUCUUGAAAACAAAACUAAACUAACACUGAUUACUGCAGUGAUGUUUUAAAGAUCUAGAAAUGAGAACUUAUCUCCCUUUUAUAUAGGAGAUGCAUUUCAUUUUUACAUAUCAGUUAAAUGUACCCUAUAUUCCUACAUUUUAUUCAAAAUCAUGUCAACUUGUGACCCAAGCACUGAUAGCUUAGCACAUGUAAAUUCCCUGGAAUUAUGGAUGUAUUUUUGUUUAUGCUGCUCGUUUCUUACUCCUAGCUGGAGAAAGUCACCUAGAACUUAGCAUUACCUUUGAGUUUCUUGGCUCCCACUAAAAGUAAUGGAGUUGCCUGAAGACGUGUAAGUUACUGGGCAGAGAACCCAGGUCUUUGGGAAUAAUGGAAAAGAAAACAAAGAAACCAUAAAUGUAGUUUUUAAUCCUAAGAACUGAUAACACUAAACGUCAUUGCUGCCUUUGUCCUAACAAUGGCAAUAUAAAAAUCCAAGCUUUUACCACACAUACAUUGCAGGAAAUAUACAUAAAAUUGCACAGUAAAUAGAAGUGGAUGAAAUAAGAGAUCGAUUUCCCAUGUGGCAUGGCAAGAUUUAAUUCAUUCAACAAUUGAAGCUAUUAUUUUCAUGAUAAAUAAAACACUGUGUAUGAUGCAGACUACAAUAUCAAGUAUGUUCUGAAAUAUUUAUGCAAUUCUUUUAAGGAUUAAAAUCACAUCUUACAAGGCUAAGAACUCCAAAGGCUAUGGUGAGGAACUGGUAGCUUUAUCUCAAUGUAGACUGCGAUGGCUUUGUGUGCCUUUGAAAUUGCCACGCUCUUCAAAGAAAAAGGAAGUGCUUUAAGUGUUUUUCCUUCUCCUUCAGCCAGGAGCCGCGUUUUGGAAUGAAGCUCAAGUUUGAGUAAAGGAAGUGUUCAAAAUUUUAAAAUGUUGUGAUAAAUACUGCAUGACAUCGGUGUAAAACAGGUGCCCGCUGUACACAGGACUGUGCUUUGCUUUGUGUCAGAUCUCUUGAACAUCAGAAGUUUCAGAUCGUUCUGGAAUCGGUUUUAUAAAUGAGGGCUGGACGACUCAAAAGUGCAAAGCAUAAUGGCAAUAGAAAACUGCAUCUCAGGAGCUGAACUUACGUCUUUUUUCUUUCUCACCCCCUCAUUUUUAUCUACAUUUAUCAUUAUUACCUGCAUAGAGCAAUAACGUUUUGAAGAAAUGCCUGAUUUUUGAUGCCUCAGUUAUUUGAUGUCUUUUUUCAAGACAUUUUACAUUUCAGAGAGUGAGUCAGACACUUUAAACAUCCAGACUGGCUGCUUAUACCUUUUCUGAGCUGUAUUUUUUGUCUCUGGAUACAAAGUAAAUUCCUUUAAUGGAUUUAUUAUCAAGAAGAUUCAAAAAAGCAUUAGCUUCACUCUUCUACUCUCUUGACUGCAGUUUAGCAUCUCACUCUGUGGAGGGUUUGAAAGGCAUGGAAAAUAUAAAAGGACUCUGUGCCACAAUUAGGAAACGUGGAUUUCUCCCUCGCAGAAACUUCUGCUGUGGACUCUUCUCCAUCUUGUGUCUGAUGCAAAGGCUUAUGCCUGCCCUGUGAGCUACUGCUGGAGGAUUAAGGGAGGACUGAGAUCCCCCAUUGACACCUUUAGAGCUUGAGACCAGUGAACUCUUCCUGUCUUUCAUAAACUAUGCUCUGUGUGACUUCUGAAGGUGCUCUGGAUACAAAUUGAAACUGAGCUAAUUUGGAUUACCAUUACUGCAGUGUCUAUUAGACAUCAGGCAACGCAGUCUCUGCUAUUCAAAGGCGAAGUGCUACGCCUCAGUGUCUCCCCUCAAAUCACCUCUGUAGACCAAAGCUACACAUCUGUCCUUCUGCCAAGUCUACGAAGCUCAUAGUUUCAGAAAACCGAUGCGCUCCCAUCCACUGAAAGGAAAACUGUGAGCUAAUAUCCUGUCUUCAUGCUACAAGAAUUUGUAGAUGAAAACAAAUGCACCCCUUAUCUAUAAAAUGAUUGUUUGUUCUACAGUAUUUAUGACACCUCUCCAUUGCUAUCUCUUCCUAGGUUAUGGUAAACCAAGAUGAUGCUUUAUAUUUCUGCAUCAGUCUAGCCAUGGAAAAUUAGAUUUAGUAAACAGAGAAUCUUAAUAAUCUUAAUGUCCUUCUCAAAGAGAAAUGAAUCAAAUUAUCAUAAUGAUUAAAUUACAGUUCUGUUGUUUCGUAAAAGCACAACAAUAAAUAAGUGGGGACAUUGCCAAUACUUCAGACUCCACUGAAGAUUCGCUGGCAUGCCCAUGAGUGCCUUGGCAAACUGCAGCCGUUGUCCUCUUAUCAAAAAGAAAUAUCUAUACCUUUGCACCAUAGCAAACAUACCAUGCAAUAUUAACUUCAUGCUAUAUCCACAUGAUUCAUUUAAAAGCAGUUAAACAACAAACCAAAGCAAUGUUUUUGGGUCCAGGAUGUAGAGCACCUCAUCUACAUGAGAGGAAUGAUGUGAAUUUGCAGCCCCGUAUGUGGACUGAAAAUAGCACUGAAAGAAAUCAUGGCUUGAUUCCCUUGGUUAAAAGUGGCCUCCUGCACUACACUGCUGAGCUCUUUCUUUGCUGUUGUGAAAAAUUUCCUUUUCACUGUCUGUAGCAGGAAUUAGAGGUGUAGCUUUUCAACGGCUCUUUAUUGCUGCAGAGAAUUACAAAGGAGGACAAAUCAUAGACGUUGCAAAAAUAAUGAGAAUUCAAGGCUAUUUCUGGAUUAUAGUGAUGUGAGGAUGCUUUGGUAUUUUUGUAACACUAGAAAUCUUAACAGCUCUCAAUUCCAGUUCUGGAGCAUUGAAAAGAUCUCUCUGUUUACACUCUGCUAAUCCCAGCACCAAAGCACUAGCUGCUAAUUGAUCUCCUUUUUCUAUCAAGGCCCAUACUGCAGUCCAGUAAAAGUAUUUUUGAUUCUCUGGAGGAAUAAAGUGGGGCAGGAAAGAGGCAUGGCUCUUUCAGGGAGAAAAAGAAACAAAAGGAUUGGGCAAGAAUUAAAAAUGGGAAGAAUCAGAGCAGAGGUGGAAAAAGAUAAUCAGAGAUGAUUAAUCAGACAAAAUGAGAAGAUUGAGGAGGCUGAGAAAGGGACACUCUUUUAAGAAUUGUAGUCAUUAGAAGGGAGUUUGAUGUUUUCAUGUGUUCUUUUUUUGCUAUAUUCAACACAAAUGUAGCAUAACUGAUUAGUUAUCACAUUAUCAUUAACAACACUGGGGACCAAAGAGAGGAUGAAUUAUUCAUGUAAAACCAGUACAAAUAGACACUUGAGGACAUAAUUUGUUUCCUAUCUUCCUCUAAAAGUAGCAAUUCUCUGUCUUUUUUUUUUUUCCUAUUCCUUUAAAGAAAAAAUUGGGAAGGAAAAAAGCAAAAAAGUCUAUUUUACAAUAAUCGGUGAAGUCGAUCUGAGGGAAGAAAAAAAGAACUUUACUGCUUACAAAGGAAUUUCCCAGUGUGCUGAGUUAAAUGCAUUGCUAUUUUAAAGCAUUUUAGAUAAUGUAUAUCUUUGUGACACUACAGCGGCAGCUCAGUGAAAGAGCCUCUCAGCUAACCUUGGUAAGUACCUACUGCAUUCUGGUACCCCACUUCCAGUGCAGUUGAACCAAAUAUUCCCUUUAGAACAAAUUAGAGCACAAAACAUGUCAAGCCUUCCUCUAAAAGCCUUGGAAACUUAAACAGAAAGCCUGUUAUAUCUGCGGGCUGAAUUGCCAACAAAGAUGCUCUGUGCUUUUUGGUUUGCAGAGACGAAACAUUCAGAGCACUAUUAGGUCCUUUCCUAACGCAUCGUAACAAGGAACUGAUCACUGCCACUCUUGUACAGCACCAAUUGUGAUAAAUACACAGAACUAAUUGCAAUGAAUAUGGAAUUCUGUAGGAAUCCCACCAUUUCAUUUAGUCUGAACUGAUAUAACCAGUAAUUCAGGCUUGAAUCCACAGUGGGAUCCUUUUGUGAGUAUCAGCGCAGGAGAAACAGAUCUUUCUACCAAAAACAGUUCUGCAGUACAAUAUUUACAUACAGCAGCAUUGUACAGCUUAAUGUUAAAGCUUUCUCUCUACCAUCACAUGGUAUAAGAGCUAAUUCUUUAAAACUGGUUGAUUAAAAUCUGUCUGCAGUUGUAGAAAGUAAAAUAUGUAUGAACUGAUUUAGCUCCAGUUUGCUCAAUUAUCGUAAUUUAGAAAUCAAUACAUAACAUUUCAUAACGUGUUUUAAAAGGCAAAUAAAUAUUUCAGAUUUGCCUUAGGCUUUCCUAGGAAAAAUUGCACAGAAGCUGAACUGCUGAUUUCUGAUUCCAAGAAGAAACACAUUUGAAUGAGAAAAUGAAAGCUAAACGUUGAUGGUGAAAUUAGAACGGCCAGCAUCCGCCCUGCUGCAGCCUGGGAUGGCACCCAGCUCAGGGGAGCUGAUUCCCAUUAUUUUAUGUCAUCGAUUCACAUUAUUUUAUGUCAUCUUUAUCAACCACUGUCAUCAUUUUCAUCUUAUGCACGACAGUCACUCUCUGGCUCACCUUGACCAAUGCACUUAGAUUUGCCACAUCACGCAGUUGUUGAUGUCUAGGACUGUAGGUUUAUUCCAUUGAUGGUGCUUACUUUCCCUGCUAGGGAGCAUUGAUCAGACUGACUUGGAACAAAGACUGCUUUGUGUUGUGAGCCGGGACACAACCAUUGUGUUUAAUUAGUAAGCAGUCUUUGUUUUGCACACAAUCAGAUCCUCAGCCUACUUGAGCUGCAGAGCUGCUGAUUUUUUAGCAUGUAGAUACUAUAGAAGAGUAAGCAAAAGUAAUAAAAUACAGAGGCUGUCAAAGUGCUCCUCAGGUAAAAACAAGCCCCGGGGUCUCUCAGCCUACUUCGCAGGAAAUCAUGAAACUGUUAAUACAUUUUUUAGGCAUCUAAAUGGUAAUACUCCUUGACACCUGCCCUGUCCUUCCUCUUCUUGUGUACUGGUAAAAUACAUCCUCUGCUGUAUGCUAGAUGUGAUACAAGUUGAACCACACAUCUUCAUGUGACAGAAAUAUAACUCAUGGAAGACGGGCCAAAUUUAAAUGAGCAGAAGAAUUAUGAGUAAGCAAAUGUUAUGAGGAUCAAAUCCAGGGUUCAAGCUGAGGGAAUAUAGGACAGGCUUUUCCCCCUCAGUCACAAUGCGUAGCAUUAAGCGUUCAGAUCUAAUUGCAGCUUAUCUUCAACAGCACUUGUGGAAAUUGAUAUUAAAUUGGGAUAUUUCUGCCCUCCUUUGACCAAUGGUGUGUGCCUGACAGAACAACAUCAGGAUUAGGUAUGGAAAUAAGAACGUCACUACUACUUCUGCAGUUACUGAUGGCACAGCUCAGCACUCAAUAAGUUUUACAGAAUUUUUGGAUCCAUUCCAGCGGGUUAUCCAGCCAGAAGAGAUCUGGCUGUAUAAAAAUCCUUUGGUGCAAUCAGACAACAUACCUACUCGUCUUAUGUUUGCAAUUUCAUUCCUUACGCCGCUGGCAGUCAUUUUUGUGGUGAAAAUAAUCCGGCGGACAGACAAGACUGAGAUUAAAGAGGCUUUCUUAGCUGUUUCCUUGGCUCUAGCUCUGAAUGGAGUCUGCACAAAUACUAUUAAAUUAAUAGUGGGAAGACCGCGUCCCGAUUUCUUUUACCGCUGCUUUCCAGAUGGAGUAAUGAACUCUGAAAUGCACUGCACAGGUGAUCCAGAUCUGGUGUCUGAAGGCAGGAAAAGCUUUCCGAGUAUCCACUCUUCCUUUGCAUUUUCAGGCCUUGGCUUUACCACCUUCUACCUGGCUGGGAAGUUGCAUUGCUUCACAGAAAAUGGCCGGGGGAAGAGUUGGCGGCUCUGUGCAGCAAUACUGCCUCUCUACUGUGCCAUGAUGAUUGCUCUGUCGCGUAUGUGUGAUUACAAACACCACUGGCAAGAUGCUUUUGUUGGAGGGAUCAUUGGCCUCAUUUUUGCUUAUAUAUGCUACAGACAGCACUACCCUCCUUUGGGUAAUACAGCUUGUCAUAAAUCUUACGUCAGCCUGCUAGAUCAGAACUCAAUGAAGAAAGAAGAGAGACCUACAGCAGAUAAUGCUACUGGCCUGCCUCUAGAGGGAAUAACUGAAGGUCCAGUAUGACUUAAGAAAUGCAAAAUGAACUUUUAGCCUUCUCACAUUUUCUCCAAGCUGGUCUCUUAACACAGUGUUUCUUACCGUACACUUCAUCUGUACUACUACUUUUGUUUCUUUCCUAGUUUAUAAAGACAAAUUGAACAUUUUAUUUUUAAUGCCAUAGUAUUACUAUACUUUUAAAUUCUGAGUUUCAAUUCAUAUUGACUGCUGAAUUAUCUGUUUUCAGUCUACUGCAAACAGAUAGGUUAUUCAGGGGAAGCAGAAAGGACAUUAAAAGGCAAUCCCAUAUGGAGAUUGAUCAAGAGAGUAAUUUUAAAGAAGGUGUGGUUGAGGAUAGGGUAGAUCUGGAAACAGAUUUUCAUAAGUACUUUGUAUCUCCUAGAGAGUUCUGAUUGUCUUCAGCACUCACUCACUUCAAUGGGUGAUGAGUACACACAGCACUUUUCAUCAGAUAUUCAGUGUCUGUUCUGGCCAGAUGUUUCUUUGUGUAAUUUAAUAAGUUAGGGAAUCAUCCUUCUGUUUAUCUUAUUGCCUUCGAACACGGUGAACUCCUUAUGCCAGGAGGACUUUGUAUUAAGCUUUGGCAAGGUCAUUCUGAGCUACUAAUCAAGCAGCCAACAGGCAUGAGUGGUUACAAGUUUGUAAGAGCCAAGCCUUGUCACAUUAGUAGUUCUACAGGAUGAUGCUGUCAUUUGAGAAAUUCCACACUGUUAAAACUAUCAGCUUGCAAUAACAUGUAUGUUCAUAGGAUGGAUCAUAAACUUGGUGUUAUAUCGUUAGCAAUUUUUUGGGAGUGCUUGCGGUAAUUUCCAUCAAAACAAAAUGAAAGUAAGGAAUAUUCAUGACAUUCAACAAGCGGAAGUCUUUAAAACAAAUUAAAAAAAAAAUAAAGUCUGAGGAUGAAGAAACAUAAUGGUUUUGUGAUUCUCAGUGUACCACGUUCAUUUGUGUGUAGUGACUCACUGCAGCAUUGAUGAUCUGAAGAAAUGCAAAGAUUUUCAUUUGUGACUUUGGGUGCACGACCAUGAAUGCUUUUGGUGGUUUCCAGCACUGUAACAUAUCCAGAAGAAUGCUGGCAAUGGUGUUCCACUUUAACCAUUCCACAUUCUCAGCUCAUCAUGUUCUUGUGCAUGGUAUUCGCAAAGGUUGGCUCUGGUACCUGAACUGAAACUCACUUCAUUCAAAACAGUGUUGGUACAGAGGACGUGACCAAACAACCUUAGUUAAUUUAUUAUUAUUAGGAUCCAGUUUUGUUACGUAUGCACUAUGCAGUAUACAUCACAUUCCUGUGAAAUAAUAUAGCUUUGGAUGGCAGAUUGUCAGAUUCCAGAAUCUCUUUUUGUGGAUAUCCUGUGAAAAUAGAGGUAGAUAUUCUAGACCAUGUCCGGGCAGUUGAACAUUUCUUAGCAGGGCCUGCUACUUAAAGCAAUCAAGACAGUGUUGACCAACAAUCAUUUUUACGGUGCUUUAGACUGGAGGAGACUGCUGCCAUAAUUAUUAUUCAUGUGUUCCUGUUGGAAUAUGUAUUGGCCUUGUAGGCAUUUUGUGAUUCAAACCGCUCAAUGUCUUUAUGUAACGCUCGUCAUUUACUUUUGUCAAAGGUAAUCUUUGUAGGUUUUUGUUUUGAGAAGAGCUACUUCCUGAUUGGCAACACUUGAAUUUUUAUGGAAAACAAGUAAAUUAAACUCCCUUUUAAAAACUGUAAUAAUUGUGUACAAGUGAAUACAAUGAUAGUGUGUAUAAACAUAUAUGAUAUUUGGAAAUCAUUGUAAAUAGGGAGUGAUGUGAAGGGACAAAUUACAAUAGGCAUAAACCCAGCAGGAUUCUGUAGAAAUUAGGCCUGAUCUACUGAUACUGGUUUGACUGUAUUGUCAAACGCAGUGUUAGAGGUAGGAUUUUUUACUGACAAUUACAGUAUUCUGAGCUAUGAGUAGACAGAGUUGGCCAAAUCUAUCUGUCUUUCUGCUGUACGUGUGCUGGGUCAUGAAGCAAAAGGGAAGCAGAAUUGUGCUGGCAUUGUACAUGCAUUGGAUCUGACAAAACACUUCUCUGGGUGUAAUUAAGAUCUUACUCUAGAAAUCCACAAACUUUAGUGAAGGUUUAAUCUUUCUAAGAAGUUUUUAAACCAUCCUAUCGAGUUCUGUAACAGAGAUACCAUUUUCUAUUACGUCAUAUGGGAUGACCAAAAGAAAGCCCUACGGUAAGGGUGUUGUCUUUUCAUUGUAUAGGGAUUUGCCAUUAGCUUUUUCUUUCAGCAGGAACCUUAGUCUUCCAGGUUAUAUGCAAAUGUUAAAAAAAGAAUCUUAAAAGUAGAAGUUUAAUACUGAUGCAUAGUGCAUUUUGCAUGUUUUUAUAUAGAUCUGGCUUAUUCUCAAAAGUGAGUGGGGCCUCUUAACUGUGCUGUUCACAUUCCCAGUAUUUUAAUGGCUUUUGAUACAAAUAAGUGAUUUUCUUUGGGUUGGGAAGUGCUUGUGCAGACCUUAAAUGAGUAGCGGCUGUUGAAAGAUUGGAAUGUGAAAUGUAAUGUAGCAUUGAUACUGUGUCGCAAGAGUAAUUGGUGAGCUUUGCAAAGCAGGAAAGAAUAACAAAUUUUAAUGUAAUUAAGUUGAAAGUCAUAAUACAGACAAUGUGAAAGCUUUGAUUAAAAUGUAAUUAAAAUUAUGAAAGACAUAAUGAGGUGAAACUUACAGCGGGAUCUGUAGAUGCUGUAAUUACCAGUGGAAAGCCAGCGUGGGGAAGGCAUUUUUUGUGGAUCAAUGUAUUUUAAUCUCAUGCUUUCUCAGUGUGAAGGAGAUGUAAUGUUGUAAUGCACCAAUAAAACAACACAUGAAUAUGGGUUUGUA